UUUGUGGUUGUACACGACAGAAAAAAAAGCAAACCUUAGGGACGGAAAAAAUAAUGUCAAGCCAUAAUAAUAAAAGUGAUGUAGACAGCUCGCGGCAUUCAACAGACGCCGGUAAUAAUGAUAAUAUGUACCGUCCAGAAAAUUCAAUGGAUGGACACGAUGAUAUAACUAGCUUUGUGCGAAGUUAUCGCAGUGAACAGGACAAUAAACUAAAAAAAGAUCCGAAGCCACUGGGUACAACUGAAAAGCGCGAUGACCUGGCAACGGCAAUUCUGAAGCGCAAGGAUCGUCCCAACCGUCUGAUCGUUGAGGAGGCUCAAAACGAUGAUAACUCUGUUGUGUCGCUUUCGCAGGCGAAAAUGGAUGAGCUGCAGCUCUUCCGCGGCGACACUGUUAUAUUGAAGGGCAAGCGUCGCAAGGAAACCGUUUGCAUUGUGCUGUCCGACGAUACCUGUCCGGAUGAAAAAAUUCGCAUGAAUCGUGUGGUGCGCAACAAUCUCUGCGUGCAUUUAUCGGAUGUAGUGUCUGUGCAAUCCUGUCAGGAUGUUAAAUAUGGCAAGCGUGUGCGCAUCUUGCCAAUUGAUGACACUACUGAGGGUGUCUCGGGCAAUCUCUUUGAGAUCUAUCUGAAGCCCUACUUCCUGGAAGCCUAUCGUCCCAUUCACAUGGGCGACAACUUUAUUGUGCGCGCCGCCAUGAGGCCCAUUGAGUUCAAAGUAGUGCUUACCGAUCCCGAGCCGUAUUGUAUUGUGGCACCCGAGACGGUUAUCUUCUGUGAUGGCGAUCCCAUCAAGCGUGAGGAGGAGGAAGAGUCGCUAAACGCUGUGGGCUAUGAUGACAUCGGUGGCUGUCGCAAGCAGCUCGCUCAGAUCAAGGAAAUGGUUGAGUUGCCGCUGCGUCAUCCAUCGCUCUUCAAGGCUAUUGGUGUGAAGCCACCGCGUGGCAUUCUCAUGUACGGCCCUCCCGGCACGGGUAAGACUCUCAUUGCUCGCGCUGUGGCAAACGAGACAGGCGCCUUCUUCUUCCUGAUCAACGGUCCUGAGAUCAUGUCUAAGCUGGCCGGUGAAUCUGAGUCGAAUCUGCGUAAGGCAUUCGAGGAGGCUGAAAAGAACUCGCCAGCCAUUAUUUUCAUCGAUGAGAUUGAUGCUAUUGCGCCCAAGCGUGACAAGACCCAUGGUGAGGUUGAGCGUCGUAUUGUAUCGCAGCUGCUAACUCUGAUGGAUGGCAUGAAGAAGAGCUCGCAUUUGAUUGUUAUGGCGGCUACCAACCGUCCCAAUUCCAUUGACCCGGCACUGCGUCGUUUUGGACGUUUCGAUCGUGAGAUUGACAUUGGCAUUCCCGAUGCCACUGGACGUCUGGAAGUUCUGCGGAUACACACGAAGAACAUGAAGCUGCAUGAGGAUGUUGAUUUGGAGCAGAUUGCGGCUGAGACGCACGGUCAUGUGGGUGCUGAUUUGGCUUCGCUGUGCUCAGAGGCAGCCCUUCAACAAAUCCGUGAGAAGAUGGAUCUGAUCGAUCUGGAGGACGACAAAAUCGAUGCUGAGGUGCUCGCUUCGUUGGCUGUUACCAUGGAGAACUUCCGUUAUGCCAUGACCAAGUCGAGCCCUUCGGCGUUGCGCGAAACUGUUGUGGAGGUGCCCAACACCACCUGGACCGACAUUGGUGGUCUUGAGAAUGUCAAGAAGGAGCUGCAGGAAUUGGUGCAAUACCCAGUUGAGCAUCCCGACAAGUUCCUCAAGUUUGGCAUGCAGCCCAGUCGUGGUGUGCUCUUCUAUGGUCCUCCUGGUUGCGGUAAGACGCUGCUGGCCAAGGCCAUUGCCAACGAGUGUCAGGCCAACUUCAUUUCCGUUAAGGGCCCCGAGCUGCUGACUAUGUGGUUCGGUGAGUCCGAGGCCAAUGUGCGCGACAUCUUCGACAAGGCACGUUCCGCAGCACCUUGUGUGCUCUUCUUCGAUGAGUUGGACUCGAUUGCAAAGGCUCGUGGCGGCAAUGUGGGCGAUGCUGGUGGCGCUGCUGACCGCGUUAUCAAUCAGAUUCUUACUGAAAUGGACGGCAUGGGUGCCAAGAAGAAUGUGUUCAUUAUUGGUGCCACCAAUAGGCCCGAUAUUAUUGAUCCAGCUAUUUUGCGUCCAGGUCGUCUGGAUCAGUUGAUCUACAUCCCAUUGCCCGACGAUAAGUCGCGUGAGGCUAUAUUGAAGGCUAACUUGCGCAAGUCGCCACUGGCCAAGGAGGUUGACCUCACCUACAUUGCCAAGGUCACGCAGGGCUUCUCGGGCGCUGAUUUGACUGAGAUCUGCCAGCGUGCCUGUAAGCUGGCCAUUCGUCAAGCCAUCGAGGCUGAGAUACGUCGUGAGAAGGAGCGCGCUGAGAACCAGAACUCCGCCAUGGAUAUGGAUGAGGAGGAUCCAGUGCCGGAGAUUACACGCGCUCACUUUGAGGAGGCCAUGAAGUUUGCUCGCCGCUCUGUCUCGGACAAUGACAUUCGGAAAUACGAGAUGUUUGCUCAGACUUUGCAACAGUCACGUGGUUUCGGACAAAACUUCAGAUUCCCCGGUAACGCCGGCAACACCUCAGGGUCUGGCAGCAAUAUGCCAGUGAAUUCGCCGGGCGACAAUGGCGAUGAUGAUCUUUACAGUUAGAUUUCUAGUUUUACACAAGACAACCACAAUUUUAUAACUGAAUUUUUCCUCCUAAACAACAACAAAACAAACAAAUCCAAACCGAGGGCAAGCAACAAACAUUUUAAAAGCAACCAAACAACGCUUUGGAAUGCAGGACAACAACAUACAAUACCAGCAUAUAGCAAACACGCGAUUAAAUUUCAAUUCCAACUUCAUGGAAGGAAUGUCUAUU